CUCACUCACUCACAAACUAUCAGCGCAGCGCCACACGCUCCACCACAUGCAGCGCCAGUUCUUCGGCUGCGGAAUCGCAUCGCGCAAAGAAUAAAAAUCGUUUGUACCGCGCUGCUCGCGACGCAUUCAUCGUUUGGCUGCAGUUUGCGCAAGCAAAAGACACACGCUUGAGCUGACGCGCAAAGCAGGCUCGUGGCCGCGAUCUCAGUAUCGGGUUGUAAUCGCGCAUACGCAAUCAACAGACGCAAACAGUGAUCCCGCGAGUGUGUGUGUGUGUACGUGUGCGUGUGUUGGUGAAAGUGCUACAAUCCUGCCGCUCAUCUCGGGCGCCUUAUCAAACGCCGGAAUGGCUUCGCGCAACGGAGCGCUCCGGCGCGCGAUGCUGAUAGUGGUGCUGGCGGUCGCCGUCCCUGCCGCCGCCCAGCUCGACGGUAGCUUCUGGUGGAUGAACGCCAACCUGCUGAAGCAGGCGGAAGCGCUGCGGGAGACGAAGGACGUGAAGGCGAUCGUCAUUACGAAGGACUCGGCGCUGGACGAGGUGCGCGUCGGCGGCAACUCGCUGGCCGACAGCGACUCGCCGGACUGCAUCUGCGUGCCGCUCAAUCGCUGCAACAAUCAACCGACCGGGAGGGAUGGACUUUGCGGUGCGGAAAGUGUUUGCUGCCGUCGGUCGCAAAUUAUCGCUCCCGAACAAACCACCACCACCACAACAACAACAGCACCAGCGACCGUCUUCAGUACCGGGGUGACCUCCACCAAGCUAGAGCCGGUUGAUGGGCUAAUUUUCGACUCAGAUCCCAUUCUGCCUGUCCUGCCCGCCUCCGUACCGUUUCAACCGAUCCCACUGAACGAAAGCGACCAUGAUCCGAACCUGCUUGCCGAGCUGUCCAAUCUGCUUCUGAGCCACAGCCUGGCCGAUACGUUCGAGCCCAUCGUAAGCAACGCACUGCCGAUCGAUCAGCCGGCCACGAACGGUUCCGGUCGGGUUGAAGCGGCCACAGCACUGCCCACCGUCGGCAGCGACAAUGAGCAGCGCUGCGGCCGACGGCAACAUUCCGUCAGCAGUCGCAUCUUCUUCCAGGACGAGGAAGGAGACGGCAUUAGUCAGGCCGUGGCCGGACCGGUCGGUUUCAGCGAGUACCCCUGGACGGUGGCCAUCUAUCAGCUCAUCCGGAACGGUUCGUACGUGUACCACUGUGGAGGGGCGCUCCUCAACCGAAGCGUCGUCGUAACAGCGGCUCACUGUGUGUCGAACAACCGCUUGCACCCGAAUCGGUUCGUUGUGUACGCUGGCGACUGGGACCGGCGACACACACAGGAACGGCUGCCACACCAGGAGCGAACCGUCAGCAGGGUCCUGGUACACCCGAACUACUACUCCGGCGCACUGUUCAACGACCUCGCGCUACUGUUCUUCAGCGAACCGUUCAACGACACGGUAGCGAACGUGGAACCAGUGUGCCUGAACAGCCCCUCUGGCACGGACUACAUCCCCCCGGACAACUGUUUCGUGACGGGAUGGGGUGGCUCCCCGAAAGGCAAUCGGGCGCAAAGCAUCCAGCAGUACAGCAAGCUACAGCUGGUCGAGCGCCACCGGUGCGAAACGCAGCUCCGAAGUUUGCCAACGCUUGGUUCCAAGUUUAAGCUCCACCAAAGUUUCGUCUGCGCGGCGGCCGACGGGACGGAUGUUUGUCAAGGAUCGGGCGGCAGUCCGUAUGCCUGUGAACGGGACGGACGGUACUACCUGGUCGGCAUCGUUUCGUGGGGCGUUGGCUGUGGCGACGGCAUUCCCGCCGUACUGACCAACGUGACGGAACUGAGCGAAUGGAUCAGCCGGCAGUGAAUUGGUUGGUUUGUUCGUUUCUAUACCGUUUAGCUGUUUUUAAUGUCGAAGGCAAGCAUACCAAAUUAAAAUUGUCUUUAUUGUACGUAAACUUUUGAAUGUAAGCUAGUGUUUAAAAAUAAAAUAAAUGCAAUAAACUUUUAAACCCAAAUGUAACGGUCCGUUUGAAAUAUGGCACAGCGCAUGUUGCCAAUGUGGAUUGUGGAUUGACGUCCGGCGGCGACAGUGCACAGCACAACUGUGCGAUGGUAGGGUAACUGU